AUGUCUGCCAAAUCCAUCUUCGAGGCCGACGGCAAGGCAAUCCUCAACUACCACCUGACCCGGGCACCCGUCAUCAAGCCCUCGCCUCUCCCUCCCCCGACCAAGCACAACGCCCCUCCCAGGCUCGCCGCCCUCCACUUUGCCGAAGAUGCCAACGUUCAGGACGUCCUCGACCAGGCCGAGGUCACCUACCCGUGGCUGCUCCAGUCCGGAGCCAAGUUUGUCGCAAAGCCCGAUCAGCUGAUCAAGCGGCGAGGCAAGAGCGGGCUCCUCGCUCUCAACAAGACCUGGGCUGAGGCCCGUGCCUGGGUUGCUGAGCGGGCCGGCAAGGUGCAGAAGGUCGAGCACACCGAGGGUGUCCUGAGGCAGUUCCUCGUCGAGCCUUUCGUGCCCCAUCCCCAAAACACCGAGUACUACAUCAACAUCAACUCCGUCCGAGAUGGCGACUGGAUUCUGUUCACCCACGAGGGUGGUGUCGAUGUUGGUGAUGUUGAUACCAAGGCUGAGAAGCUCCUGAUCCCCGUCGACCUCACCGAGUACCCUUCCAACGAGGUCAUCGCCAGCACCCUUCUCAAGAAGAUUCCUCAGGGCCUGCACAAGGUCCUGGUCGACUUCAUUACCCGUCUGUAUGCUGUCUAUGUCGACUGCCAGUUCACAUACCUCGAGAUCAACCCCUUGGUAGUCAUCCCCAACGAGGAUGCCACCUCUGCUUCUGUCCACUUCCUGGAUCUUGCUGCCAAGCUUGACCAGACUGCUGACUUCGAGUGCGGCGUGAAGUGGGCCAUUGCUCGGUCCCCCGCUGCCCUCGGCCUCACCAACAUUGCUCCCCAAAGCGGCUCUGUCAACGUUGAUGCUGGCCCGCCAAUUGAUUUCCCUGCGCCCUUCGGCCGUGAGCUCUCCAAGGAGGAGGCCUACAUUGCUGAGCUUGAUGCCAAGACCGGUUCUUCGCUGAAGCUCACGGUCUUGAACCCUGCUGGCCGCAUCUGGACUCUGGUUGCCGGUGGUGGUGCCUCGGUCGUGUACGCCGAUGCCAUUGCCUCUGCUGGCUUCGCCGACGAGCUCGCCAACUACGGCGAGUAUUCUGGUGCGCCCACCGAGUCUCAGACGUACCACUACGCCCGCACCGUGUUGGACCUGAUGCUCCGUGCUCCCGUGAGCCCCAAGGGCAAGGUCCUCUUUAUUGGUGGCGGUAUUGCCAACUUCACCAACGUUGCCUCUACUUUCAAGGGUGUCAUCAAGGCCCUGCGCGAGUACGCCACCGUUCUCAUUGAGCACAACGUCCAGAUCUGGGUCCGCCGUGCCGGUCCCAACUACCAGGAGGGUCUGAAGAACAUGAAGGCCGCUACCCAAGAGCUCGGUCUCAACGCCAAGAUCUUCGGCCCCGAGAUGCACGUCUCGGGUAUCGUGCCCCUGGCUCUGAUUCCCGGCAAGUGGGAGGAGGCCAACGUGCAGGAGUUCAGCGCUUAA